UUUUCAUCAGGAAGCGGAACCUUAAAAGUUGUUUCCCCCUCGCCUUUGUUGUGUUGAACCCUCAGUUUUCUCGCCUGAGCUCGGCUUACAAGGAAACUUCACAAUGAACCUCGAACGGAUGCCCAAUGAAGAGAAGCUUAGCCUCUGCAGGAGAUACUAUUUAGGUGGCUUUGCAUUCCUCCCCUUUCUGUGGCUGGUAAAUGUACUGUGGUUUUUUAAAGAGGCCUUUUUAAAACCUGCAUACACAGAACAGCAGCAGAUCAAGUCAUACAUAAAGAAGUCAGCUAUGGGGCUCAUAGUGUGGGUGGCUGUGCUGACGACAUGGAUCACCAUAUUCCAGCACUUCAGAGCACGGUGGGGUGAGGUGGGAGAUUACCUCUCCUUCACCAUUCCCCUCGGCACAUCCUGAUCAGAUCUGCUGCUUCACAAUACCUCUGUUUUUCUCUCUCUCUAAUAACACUUUGUAAGAAGGAGAUCAAAAGAAACUCUGGGUUUAUCAAAGAAAACCUGCUACUGACCAGGGGUGCAUUUCCCAAAAGCAUAGUUGCUAAUUAAGUUAGCAACUUUGUUGGUUGCAAUACAAUUUCCCAUUGCCAACCAACUAAGUUGCUAACAGGUUAGCAACUAUGCUUUUGGGAAAUGCACCCCAGGUUAGGUUCAUAGAUCUGGGUUUAAGCUAGCUCUCUUUACCUGCUUUCUCAGGUUUGACAAACCUCCCAUUCUGAAACAGAAAGCCUAGAGUUUCCCUCAUUUCAGGGUUAACAUACUCAGAGUUUUCACUUAACCUCCUUUCUGAAACAGGCCCCAGAUGAAAUAGUUUGUUGAUUGAGUGAGAUCAUAUGGACACGGAUGCACCAUGCUGAAGCGCAAGAGUUCAUUUCCAGCACUACUACUACUUCCUAUGAGAUUUGAGAUCACACAUUCAUAUGACUAGCUCAGACCUCUAUCAGUGCAUUAAAAAGAAUGUAUGACAAAAGUCAGGUCCAUCCAAAAUAAAGCCUUUGUACUGUGUUUUGGCAGUUAAUAUGACAUGUAAUAUUAUUGUUCUCAAAACAAAAGUCAUUCUUUUUUUUUUUCUGCUGAAUUUCUUUGGAUCUUGGCAUUAGCUUUUGAGGAUCUUUUGGUCUACUUCAUGUUGUCAGGCCUAUUUAAGAGAUUUCUUGAUUGUGAACAGGUGUAGCAGUAAUCAGGCCUGGGUGUGUUUAGAGGAACUGAACUCAGGUCUGAUAAACCACAGAUUUAACAGGGGGGCAAACACUUCUUCACACAGGGCCAUGUAGU